AUGGCUUCUUGUAAAGCAUUUGCCUUGUUAUUAUUUACUCUUAUUGCCUUGAUUUCGCUUAUUUGUGAUGCUGAUGAUUAUCACAAGAAGUCACCACCUUUGGAGUUUCUUAAACAUCUUCAAGGAUGUCAUAAAGGUGACAACACCAAAGGCAUCGAUGAGCUCAAAAACUAUCUUAAUCAUUUUGGUUACUUGACUUACAAUCAAUCUCAUCCCAAUGACGAUCACUAUGAUGAUCUCUUAGAGUCUGCUAUCACAACUUAUCAACUCAACUACCACUUGAAUGUCUCCGGAUUCUUAGAUCCUCAAACCGUGUUGAAGUUGAUGACACCUCGAUGUGGCGUUGCUGACAUCGUUAACGGCACUACUUGGAUGGAAUCCGGCAAGAAAAGCAGCAGCCACCACCAUCACCACCGUCGCCAUGGUCCUAAAUCUCUACGUACAGUUUCACACUAUAGUUUCUUCCCAAAUUUCCCUAGAUGGCCAGCUUCUAAGUACCAUUUGACCUACUCAUUUCUUCCAAUCUUUCCGUCGUGGGCUGUGAACCCAGUGGCUGGAGCUUUUGCUACGUGGGAAGCUAAUACACAUUUUAGUUUUUCAUUUAUUCAACUUUAUACAGCUGCUGAUAUUGUAAUAAGCUUUCACAGAGGUGAGCAUGGCGAUGGUCAGCCUUUUGAUGGUCCAGGUGGGACUAUAGCCCAUGCAUUUGCACCACAGGUGGGGCUUUUCCAUUAUGAUGCGGAUGAGAUAUGGUCGAUCGAGGCCGUAGCUGGUGCAUAUCACUUGGAGACAACAGCCUUACAUGAAAUAGGUCAUCUUCUUGGACUUGGACAUAGCUCCGUCGAGAGUGCCAUCAUGUAUCCGCUUAUCUAUCCCGGCACGACCAAGGGUUUGCAUUUUGAUGAUAUUCAAGGGAUUAGGGUUUUAUACAGUUAGUGACACCAUUCCAUCAACCAGCUUGAUUAUGUCAAUAAAGAUGUAAUUAAGAAGAUGAACAUCUCUCAACCAAUGUCUUCAACUUGAAUAAUUAUACAACGCAACGGUUGUGCCACGUCAUUCAUGCAACAAACCAAUGAGGCGUUAGUCAUAUGCAAAUAUUUAAUGAUGAAAAAAUAAACAAUAAAUAAAGAUUGCUUAUCGCAAAUACUUAUUGGCUUGUUGUAAAAAUAAUAUGGCACAUCCGUUUCAACUUAUUCCAUAUGUAAAAAUGUUAUCAAAUAAAAGGUUUUAAUUGGAUUUUACUAA